AUGGCGGACCGGGAGCUCCAUCUGCUCUCGGCUCUCUUGGCUAUGGAGCCCACCGACUCGCUGAUCGGCCUGGCCAGGGAAUGCGGUGGAGGUUCGGUUACUGAGAAAGUCCAGAGGUUUGUUUGGGACCAUUGCAUCACCAAAUAUGCUGGGAAACUACAUGCACCUUACCUGAGAAAGUUUUUGAAGAAGCUGAUUGCUGAAGUUGAGUUGGACCAUGGCGAUGUGAUUGAUGAGUUGUACGAACAAUAUGCGCAUUACAUGGCUACUUUGAAGGAGAAGGACUUGGAAAAGGAAAAUGCAAGGGUUUUCAAGUACAUUUCGUUUCUUUUUCCUAAUGGUUUUCUUGAACUUUCAAGUUGUUUGGAAUCAAGGAAACUGAUGGUACAGCUACAAUGUUCUCUCAACAUGCUUGAAGGAGAUACUGGGUGUUCAGUUUGGCCAUCAAGUCUUCUUUUGUCCGAGUGCAUACUUUCAUUUCCAGAAGUGUUCUCUAAUAACUCGUGCUUUGAGGUUGGUUCAGGUGUUGGUUUGGUUGGCAUCUGUCUUGCUCAUGUGAAAGCAUCCAAGGUCAUACUAAGUGAUGGUGACCUGUCAACUUUAGCAAACAUGAAGCGUAAUCUGGAUUUGAACCACUUGACCGUUGAAACUGAUAUGUCAGAAACUACUGAAGAUCCAAAUAUGGUAAGACUGGUAAAAUGCAUUCAUCUGCCAUGGGAAUCUGUGUCAGAAAAGGAGGUUCAAAACCACAAACCAGAUAUAAUUUUGGGUGCAGAUGUAAUAUACGAUCCAGUAUGCCUCCCACAUCUUGUUCGAGUGCUCACCCUUCUUCUAAAUCAGGCAAACCCAUAUCCUGACCAGUGCAAUGGUAAUCAUACGGACAAUGACACUGCAAAUGUUGGAAUGAAGAAGCGUCCUAUGGCUUUAAUCGCCUCUGUCAUUCGCAAUGUCGACACAUUCAAUAAGUUCCUAGCGUUGUUAAACGAGGCCAACCUUACCAUCAAUGACCUAACUGUAACUGUUAGGCCUCGGAAUUUUCUUCCUUACAUGAAAUCAUAUGAUCGCAGCACUGUACGACUCUUUUUUACCAUGGCAGAGCUGAAGAACCAAGGAGAUGUUGAAGUGGAGCCGAUUCAUUUAUGGGCUACCCCAAGAUCACUGAGUACAAGCCUCAUGUACUCUUUUGCUCAGAGGGAUGACAUAGAAGUGCUUGAUGAACCGCUCUACGCAACUUUCCUUCGGGUGACAGGUUUCGAUAGGCCCUAUAGGGAGGAAGUGCUUUCCCAAAUGGAACCUGAUGGAAAUAAAGUCGUAAAUGAGAUCAUUCUUGGUCCAGGAAGAAAGAAGUAUCGCUUCUGUAAGCAUAUAGCAAAGCAACGAGUCCCUGGCUUACCAAGUGACUUAAUGAAGAAAGGAAAGCACUUCAUUUUGACCAGGAAUCCCCUUGACAUAUUGCCAUCCUUUGGCAAGGUUGUGCCACCAUCCCUUGUUGAGUUAGGUUUUGCAGAUCUGGUGUCUAUAUACAGUGAGCUCUCUCAAUUGGGGAGGCCCCCACCUGUCAUUGAUGCGGCAGAACUUCAAGAAGAUCCUGAGGGUACACUACGCAGACUUUGUGAAGAAUUAGAUAUCCCUUUUCAGUCCACAAUGCUCAAAUGGGUGGCUGGUCCGAAACCAAUAGAUGGUGUUUGGGCUCCAUGGUGGUAUGAAAGUGUGCAUAAAUCAACAUGUUUUCAGCCAGCAAAUAGAUAUCCCAUGCCAUUUCCUUUUCCUAUGUAUGAUGUACUUGAGCAAAGUCUACCAUUCUACAACUUCCUUCGGCGCCACAUGCGGCACACAUCAUGUCUCCUGAAGUCUGGUUUGCCUGAACCUGAACUCCCAGUUCCAGAAAAUGAGAAAUUACUUGCAUGGGUUGGUGAUGAGAUUGUACCACGGGAGAGUGCAAAGGUUUCCGUGUUCGACUCGGUUGUCCAAGGUGGUGAUUCAGUUUGGGAGGGACUUCGAGUUUACCAGGGGAAGAUAUUUAAGCUUGAAGAGCAUUUGGAUAGGUUAUUUGACUCAGCAAAGGCUUUGGCAUUCAAUAAUGUUCCUACUCGUGAAGAGGUUAAAGAAGCCAUAUUCAGAACUCUUAUUCGGAACGGAAUGUUUGACAAUUCACACAUCCGACUAAGUUUAACGCGUGGAAAAAAGGUUACUUCUGGCAUGAGCCCAGCAUUCAAUCUUUACGGAUGCACCUUAAUUGUGCUUGCUGAAUGGAAACCCCCCGUGUACGACAAUACAAAGGGAAUAACUCUUGUUACAGCUACCACACGUCGUAAUUCACCGAAUAAUUUGGAUUCAAAGAUUCACCACAAUAACCUACUCAACAAUAUCCUUGCAAAGAUAGAAGGCAAUAAUGCAAGCACUGAUGAUGCAAUCAUGCUUGACAAGGAUGGUUAUGUGUCUGAGACAAAUGCUACGAACAUUUUUUUAGUAAAGAAAGGCCGUGUAUUGACACCUCAUGCUGACUACUGCCUUCCUGGUGUGACUCGAGCAACUGUUAUGGACCUUGUGGUGCAGGAGAAGUUUCCCCUCCAGGAGAGAAAUAUCAGCCUAUCAGAGUUCCAUACUGCAGAUGAGGUAUGGACAACCGGAACAAUGGGAGAACUCAGUCCUGUUGUGAAGAUUGAUGGGCGUCUAGUUGGUGACGGAAAAGUGGGGCCCGUGACCCGAAGAUUGCAAAAUGCUUACAAACAGCUGACAGCAGAGUCUGGGGUGCCAAUACCAACCUACCACAAAAACUGAUUAUUAUUCUUUCAAAUGGUUAUAAACUUUAAUUAGCAAUGGAUAAUUGAAUCACUUGGUGCAUUGGUGGUAUGAAUAGAGCUUCUAUGAAGCAAAUGAGAAUAAGGAGUAAAGGACCAACUGUCUUAACCAUCCAGUUAUGGUUAAUAAUACAGAUGUGCAAGCAUUAUUGCUUUUGUAAUUUCAUUUUCUUUCUUCGUAGGGAGAACUCCAAAUGAACAACAUUGCUUUUGUAAGCUCCAUUACUAGUGUUACAAACAAGUGCUGCAAUAAAUAAAUUCUUCUUUUGCUCAUCCA